AUGGGUGAUUCUCUAGACCAGCCGCCCGAUGGCCUCAUCGGGGGCUACCACGGCCACAGCCUAACUAUACGCAUAUUGAUGAUUGUCUUCUCGUCGAUCGCGCUGUACAAUGCCAUCGAGCUGUUCAUUCUCUUAUUUUUAACCUUCCAGUCCUAUCGCGGCCUUUAUUUCUGGACUAUGCUCCUCUCCGUCGUUCUCGGUGUCAUUCCCCAUACCAUUGGAUAUAUUUUGGAGUUCUUUGCGCUGGCGCCGCUGUGGCUCUCACUGACCCUCUCAACCAUCGGAUUCUACGUUAUGGUCCCGGGUCAGUCCAUGGUCCUCUAUUCACGACUCCAUUUGGUUGUGCAAAAUCGCCAAAUAUUGCGCUUCGUUCUUUGGCUUAUCAUCGUCGAUGCCGUCAUCCUCCUCAUCCCAACGACCAUUUUGACCUUCUCCACCGCAUACAUCCGCACCGAUCCGUUCAUUCGAGGCUAUAACGUGAUGGAACGUCUGCAAUUAGCCUGGUUCUGCUGUCAAGAGUUUGUCAUCUCAGGAAUUUAUAUCUUCGAGACCGUCAAAUUGCUGCGGCUGAUGCCGGAUAAAGAUCAUCGACGGACCAGGAUUAUGUACGAACUGUUGGCCAUUAACUUUGUCAUCAUUUUGUUGGAUGUCGCUCUACUGGUGGUCGAGUACAUUGGCUUCUAUUCCCUACAGACUACACUGAAGCCCAUGGUGUACAGCAUCAAGCUCAAACUGGAAUUCGGUGUGCUGGGCAAACUUGUCUCACUUGUCCACAAUUCUCGGUCACAGCCAACCUCCGCAGAGCAAGAUGAAUACCCACAAUUUGUGGACCCGACUCAGCUCACUUCUGACGUCACGCAUGCUGCUCCCAUCGAGCGUGUCCCUCGUGGCAUGCGAGCCUGGAAUAAUAUCUCCAUGGAAAGUCUACCUAUGUCGGAGCGACGAAUGCGCCCAUCGACACGGUCGCGAGUGUCUAGCGAGAGUACCAAUCCACCUUGA